CACCACAGCUCUGCGCAAUUAAAGUCGCUACAUUCCCCACUGCUGCUCUUCGAACACUAAACGAAGGCAAUAACUCCUCUGCGUAUCUUAUCGGCAAUGAAAAACAACGAAAUCCACAUGAUCUCCUUUAUUUCUCACUUACCUCCACUCUCAUUCUCCUAUUUUAAAAACAAUCAUAUAUUACCGCAUUUCAUUUUCAAAGUAUGGGUUUUUAGUCCUUAGGCGGUUCUUUUCCUCCUUAUCUCCACGGAGUUUCUGGCAGAGUUUGGCGUUCUCUCAAUCUUUGGGGUGACGAAAGGCCCGUGUUUCUGAUACUAACUAGUCUAUUCUGUGGAUGGGCUAAGUUGCUUAAAAGGGGUGCUUUUACUUGUCCUUCCAAGCGUAGGAGCACAAACACUCACUUUUCGGAGCUCAUUCCCAUUUGGGAGUUUCUGGUUUGGUGGGAUCGCUGGUAUUUAGACAUCAUGAAGGCUUCUGGAUCGCGCGUCUUAUUCCUGGUGGUCGGAACUGUUUUCCUGUUCAUUAACUUCUCGUGCAGCAUAACUGGCUCCUUUAUUCCCGAUAAGGCCUUCGCUCACCAUGGCGGUGAUGGUAUGAUAAUGACUGCAACAAGCAGGAGGUUGAAGGAAAAUGGCUAUAAUUCGCACUCAAACAGGAAGCGCCAUGCAGGCAAUGUAAAUCUGGAUGAUUACCACCCCAUUGAUCCGGUACCAAGUUCAAAGGCUUCCAUAAAACCGGGACCUAUUCAACACGAAACUCCUCUUAACCCAUAUAUUCCAAGACCUUCGCCUCCUGAUCAUCCCAAAAAUGGAGGAUCUACUUAGCCUACUUAAGAUUUGUUCUUCAAUAUGCUGGGAAGGUAUUAGCAAAAUGAAGAAACUUGCAACUUAAUAUGUACUUGUUGUUCAAACCAGCUUGUAAAUUGUAUUAUGCUUUUUCUGCCAACUUAUGUUUGUGGUGUGCUAGUUUCUAUGUGUUUAUUUAUGUGGGUGUUUUCUGUCAUCCUCUCAAGAUACGACUGUUUCCUUCUUUGUACUUUUAUUAUGAUCAGUUUCUUAUAAGGUCU